AUGGACUGGGCGACGAAAUAUCUGCCGCAGCACUACAGAGAGCAGAUGUCUGAGUUUUUCGGCAAACGGGGUAGGAGCUGGCACAUUAGUGCUGUCAUAACACGCUCACAAGAGGAGGGCAAAUGUGAAGUUGAAUGCUUUGUGCAUCUCUUCAACACUUGCAAGCAAAACAGCUUCGCGGUUAUGUCAGUCAUUGAGCAUCUACUCAACACCAUCAAGAUCGAGUACCCUUCAAUUAACAAAGCUUUUUUACGAUCCGACAACGCUGGUUGUUAUCACAGUGGGCCCUUGAUCCUCAGCCUUCCGUACAUCGGGACAAGAUCUGGUGUAAUACCAUUACGCUACGACUUUUCCGACCCCCAAGCCGGAAAAGAUAUUUGCGACAGGAAAACUGCCCCCAUGAAAGCUCACAUCAAGAGAUGGGUGAAUGAGAAGCAUGACGUGAUAACUGCGGAAAAUAUGAAAGAGGCUUUAGAAUCCCACGGUGGCCUCAAAGGCUGUAGAGUAGCUGUUGUACAAGUUGAUACCACAAAGUCGGUCGGUGUGGAAAACAAAAUCCCUGGAAUCAGCCUUCUGAACAACUUCUUAUUUGAGGAAAGGGCUUGGAGAGCGUACAAAGUUGGUCCAGGUUGUUUCAUUCCGCAUGACAAAGUAAUUAUCGAAAGGCAAGGGGACACUGGACUGAAGGUAAUUCAACCUUUUGGUGCCAGAACGAAAGAACGAGGUACUAUUGCAGAAAACACUCGGCCUCUCACUUAAAUUUUCCCGUCCACGGAAACUGCAUGUGUUCUCAGUUUUAAAACACUCGAAGAGGUUGAACAACACAUGGAUUCAGGAAAACACGUAAGAGAGUUAGAAUCGGAGUCCCUGUAUGAUAGCAUCAGAAAAAAGUGGGCUGAGAGGCUUACCGGAGUUAAUGUAGCCGUCUUUCAUGAAACUGGAACUUACUCCGCAGAAGAACUAGACUUUUCAUAUCCCUCUUUGAGCAAAAAAGAUCAACAGCCAAUGGGAUGGGCACUCAAAACGGUGAAGAAGCCGUCGAGAAUGGAGGCUCAUGUAAAAGCGUAUUUGGUUCAGAAGUUUGACACAGGCUGUAGAACUGGGCAAAAGGCAGAUCCGGUUCAGGUCGCUCGGGAAAUGAAAAUCGUUAAGGACUAUGCUGGACAUUUGCUGUUCACCCCACAGGAAUGGAUAACAGCACAGCAGAUAAAUAGUUUUUUCUCAAGGCUAUCAGAUGUCCAGCGACAGACACAAAUGGAAAAAGAUACGAGUGAAUAUGCUACGAGCCAGGAAUUUACAGAGGAGGACCCGGAUUUAGAAGCGCUAGAAAAUGAAAUUGUGCUUGAGAAUCUACUUAUAGCAAUAAACCUUCAAGUGACUGCACCUCAGCAUCCUAUUGUUGUCCGAAACAGGAACUUGUGCGAACUUUCAAAAGCGAAGAAACUCAACGUACUGAUAGUAGCUGAGCUGAGAGAAAUGUGCGAAAGUCUUCAAUUAGAGGUCUCUGGUUCACUAGCGAGAAAGAAAUCAUUCAUCGAACUCUUAAAUUCAUAUGCUAAAGGAUGCACCUGUUUCACGCGUGAGGAAAAUGAGCGUUAA